GCCGCAUCAACCCCCCCCCCCCCCCCCCCUCGUCGUCUUCCUCUGCUGCUGCCAAUUGCGAAGGCUUUUCCCCCGAAAUCCAGCAGCGGCGGCGGCGGCGGCGGCGGAGAUCGACGAAUCCAGCGGCGGCGCACCCCGAAGGGAACCGGAGAUGCAGCAGGGGGACGGCACGGAGGCGCAGGUGACGUGGGAGGACCAGCAGAACAUCAACCGCUUUGGCCGCCUCAACAACCGCCUCCACGAGCUCCACGACGAAAUCAAGCUCGCCAAGGAAGCAAAUGAGAACCUUGAUGAUGCUGGGAAUGAACUCAUCCUGUCAGACGAAGACGUGGUGCGGUUCCAAAUUGGAGAAGUGUUUGCCCACAUGCCAAGGGAUGAUGUGGAGACAAGGCUGGAGCAGAUGAAAGAGGAUGCAGCUAAGAAGUUGGAGAGGCUGGAGCAGGAGAAGGAAUCCAUCGUCUCCCAGAUGGCUGAACUGAAGAAGAUACUGUACGGAAAGUUCAAGGACGCCAUCAACCUGGAAGAAGAUUAAUAUCGAGUAAGCUGCCGGAUAUUGAAUGAUAUGAUGCUCUCUUAGUUGAGACUAGAGGAGCUGUGUUUGCUAGACUAAACUGUUUCUAGUGAUUUAAGAAGACACGUUUCUCGUGAUGCAUCAACAUGGUUAAUUCUUAUGCUGGAUUAGAUUAGCAUGGUUUUGCCCAGCAGAUACGUGAAUCAUGAGUUGCAUGGUUUCAAUUUAUAAAAAUGCAGUAUGGGGGAAUUUGGACGAAUUGGUUAUGUUAUUACUACAUAUAAGCCAAGUUUUCAGUUGCAUCAAAUUGUGUUAUUCUUCA